AUGGCACACUCAUCAAACAAUAUGAGACCCAGCGAUGUUGCCACAACGCUGGGUCUCACUCCAUUUAAUAAGUAUGAUAAAGAAAAAAAACAGGACCAUUUAAAACCCAAAGCAAAUAUUUUACUGGAACCAGAUGUUAAACUUAAUGAUAACAUUGAUAACGACUCACAACCUUUAAACAAAACCUUGGAUUUAUAUGAAUUUCAAGAAAAUGAUUUAGAGGAAAAAGCAUCAAAAUCGCCUGAGUACGACAAGCUGGAAGAAAAAACUUACACUCCAUUAAAAGCUGUAAAUUUUGAUUGCUAUCCAAUUUUGACCAAAAUUGACACGAAUCUAAAUACUGACCAUAGAGACUAUGAAGACAAUGAAGACUUUAGCGAGUCACGUGACACAUCCUCAUAUGUACCCGAAACGGAAAUAGAGUCUGAGGGAGGGGAAGAGGAAACUAUUAUUCCAAUUUUUAAGACCAUAAACGUAACUUGCCCUGAAUCAACUUUAACAAAGGACGAACCCUCGGAAAGCCCCAUAUUUCUAACAUCGAAACUAAUAAUUCCAUUGUUGCCCUUUCACAUAGAAAAAACAGAGUUUGGGAUAGAAAGAAUUUCUGUCCAAUUUGUUUCGUAGAAGUGAGUCAUUUUGCAAGACAUUUGGAAAGAAAUCAUGCUGACGAAAGUCGAGUAAAAAAGAUUUUAUCUUUUCCAAAAGGAU